AUGGACUCACUUCACCAACCAGAUGAGCUUGAAGCUGUCUGCACAGCCAUCCAAUCCAUCAUCCACCGUCUUGGUUCAACAACCCAAGACGUAAAAGACGACCCAAUUAUCAAAGUUGCAGAACCAAAAGAUGUCCCCUACCUCAAAAAGAUAGGCACCCCUGGUGCAGCUCACUCGAUCGACCAAGUCCUCGAUGAGGCUUUUGCGGCAUUCGACCACCGCAUGCGCGUCAAUCAUCCUCGUUUCAUGGGCUUCAUCCCUUCGCCUACAUCACCAAUCGCAUGGCUGGGAGAUAUUGUAGCAAGCGCUUUCAAUGCGCUGGGCGCUUCAAAGUUGCAGGCCUCGGGUCCAGUGGUGAUUGAGAAGACUUUGAUCGAGUGGCUGGCUUCACAAGUCGGUUUCCCCUCAACUGCUGGCGGUAUUUGUGUUUCCGGUGGUUCAAUGGCGAACUUGAUGGGUAUUGUACUCGCUCGGGACCGCUUUGUGCCACAUGGUGAAUCACACAAGGGUGUCGUUUAUCUUUCGGACCAGACUCAUUAUUCUGUCGCCAAAGCCCUGCGUUUACUCGGUUUCGAUAAAGGGCAGAUCCGAAUCUUGCCUGCCGGCGAGUCCUUCAAAUUCAAUACAAACCUUUUGGAGAAGACGAUACACGAGGACCGAAACUCAGGUCUUGUGCCUUUUUUAGUGGUUGGGACUUGCGGAACAACAAACACUGGCGCCAUCGACCCGUUGGAGCAGAUCUCGGAGAUAUGCAAAAGGGAGCAACUUUGGCUGCAUGUAGAUGGUGCAUACGGCGCCUCAGCGACUCUCUCGACUACACGUCACGAAGCGGUAGAUGGUCUCAAGUACGCCGACAGUAUGUCAUGGGACGCGCACAAGUGGCUCUUUCAAACCUACAGUUGUGGAUUGCUGUUGGUCAAGGACAAGGCCAACCUGGUGCGAAGCUUUGCUAAUGAGGGCGAUUAUCUACGCGACGGUGUUGCGAUAGAAGAUGAGGAGAUUCCUAACUUUUGGAAUUAUAGUAUGGAGCUCACACGUCCUGCAUCGCGGGCAAUGAAGCUGUGGUUCACACUGCGGGUUCUUGGCGUGGAGAGGCUAGGAAAGAUGAUUGAUCAUGGGUUUGAUCUGGCAGAGAGAGCAGAAGAAGAAUUGCGCAAGUUGAAUGAUUGGGAGAUUGUCAGCUCAGCAAGUUUGGGAGUUGUGACAUUUCGAUAUGCACGAAAGGGUUUGGCAGAAGACGAAUUGGAGGUGAUCAAUACUGGAGUAUCAAAAAGCCUGAUCUCAAGCAACAUGGCUGAUUCUAUCCCAACAACCCAAACAAACACCAUCACAAUGUCUCAAGCUUUCGUUCAGCGCCCUGCGCCCGAGUUCACUGCCACUACCCUCUUCCCCGGAGGCGAGUUCAGGGACAUUAAGCUCUCUGACUUCAAGGGACAAUGGUAG